AUGACAAUUCUAAAACUGAAUGAUGUUUUUCUUUCCUAUUUAAAGGAAGAGUCAAGGCUGGAUGUUCUGAUAAAUAAUGCAGGGAUAUUCCAGUGUCCAUACAUGAAGACAGAGGAUGGUUUUGAGAUGCAAUUUGGUGUAAACCACUUGGGUCACUUCUUGCUCACCAACCUUCUUCUGGGCCUCCUCAAAAAUUCUGCUCCGAGCAGGAUUGUUGUAGUAUCCUCAAAGCUUUACAAAUAUGGAGAGAUCAACUUUGAAGACUUGAACAGUGAAAUAAGUUACAAUAAAAGCUUUUGUUACAGUCGGAGUAAACUGGCUAACAUAUUAUUUGCAAGGGAGCUAGCCCGUCGGUUAGAAGGGACAGGAGUCACCGUCAAUUCACUUCAUCCUGGGAUUGUCAGAACAAAUCUAGGCAGAUAUGUGAAUAUUCCUUUGCUGGCAAAACCCCUAUUCAACUUGGUGUCAUGGGCUUUCUUCAAAACACCCCUGGAAGGAGCCCAGACUUCUAUUUAUUUGGCCUCUUCUCCUGAUGUUGAAGGUGUGUCAGGAAAAUAUUUUGGGGACUGCAAAGAGGAAGAACUCCUGCCCAAAGCCAUGGAUGACUUGGUUGCAAGAAAGUUGUGGGAUAUCAGUGAAGUGAUGGUUGGCUUAUUGAAGUAAGUGCCAAGGGGUAUCUGCAAAACAUGCAGAUAAUUAUGCAGUGCAUAUUUGCAACAGUGUAAUUCUCUGUUUAAAUGUUGUGGGAAUACAGAUUACUUUGCUCAAUAAGAUUAAAUAAUGGAGUGUUUUAUGCUGGAACUCUGUUUUGAAAUAAAGAACAAUCUUUAUUUAAUAGACACGGGCAUUCAGAAAAGUCUGAAAUAGAGUUUGAGGGAGUGAAUAUAAUUUCUGGUUAAAUCUGCUUGGAAACUCAUGUUCUACAAAUAAAAAUCAAACAAAACUGUGUUUUGUAAUAUGUAUGCAU